CAUCGACAACAUCCGGGUCCUCUUUCUCUUCAACGUCGCGUUCGUUCACAAUGGCAGAUGAACAGCCAAAAAAGAAGCGUACCUUCAGGAAAUACACCUACCGUGGUGUGGAUCUGGAUCAGCUGUUGGAUAUGUCCAACGAGCAGUUGAUGGAACUCUUUCCAGCUCGUGCCAGGAGAAAGCUCACGCGGGGACUCAAACGCAAGUCAUACGCUCUUAUAAAAAAAUUAAGGAAAGCCAAGAAAGAAGCGCCUGAACUGGAGAAACCAGAAGUUGUGAAAACCCAUUUACGAAAUAUGAUAAUUCUCCCAGAGAUGGUUGGCAGCAUGGUUGGUGUCUACAAUGGUAAAACGUUUAACCAGGUUGAAGUGAAGCCUGAAAUGAUUGGUCAUUAUCUUGGUGAGUUUAGCAUAACCUACAAACCAGUGAAGCAUGGUAGACCUGGUAUUGGAGCCACACAUUCAUCCAGAUUUAUUCCAUUGAAGUGAACAAUUUACUUUGUAAUGUGGACAAACAUGAAAUAAAUUUUGUCUUUGUGACACAAGAGCUA